AUCACAACAUAAUAAGCUGCCAGCCUCAAAUGCCACUAUGUUCUGUUUCACUAUGACCAAGAAAAAACUCCUGUUACUCUUGUUUCUGACCUCUUUGGGCCUCCUGCUAUGCAUCUUUCAUACUACUACGGAAAUAAAACGGUCUCAGUUGAUGAUCAAGAGCAGCAAACAUGAGGAGCCAGUGGUGUUGUCCAAUGAGAUGAAAAUUGCUUGUCACAACCUGUGGAAAAAGAUCCUUUCAUGGAACUCCCUGAAUAAAAUCUCACCUAAGGAUCUAAUCAGAGAAGUCCAGCUCAUGAAAGUAUGCCCUUGGAUACAGCACCUUAAAAACCACAAUAAUUACAGUUUGGAGCUUCAGAGCUGCUGUAAUGCCAGUCAUAAUCUGGUUCUCACCAAAGGGAAUAUAAAAGUUGGAGAGAAAAUCACAUUUGAAAUGGAGACAAAAAAGACUCGUGUUGUCGAUGAGGCACUCUAUGAAAUGCUUCCGGAAGGACCUUUGUGGAGCAAGACUUUGGGACACUGUGCUGUAAUAGGAAAUGGAGGGAUUUUACGUAACAGCAGCUGUGGAGAGCAGAUUGACCAAGCCGACAUUGUUAUCAGGCUCAACUUGCCGCCUUUAAACUACACAACUGAUGUUGGAACUAAGACAGACCUGGUGACAGCAAACCCCAGCAUCUUGUUCAAGUAUAAUAAAUUGUCCUAUGCCAGGAAGCCAUUUGUUCAACUGAUGAAGUCUUUUGGACACGCAGAGGUGCUGAUGUCAGCUUUUACUUACGCCUUUUGCAUGGAGCCCUCUUUCAGGGUUUACUUUACUCUUCAGGACUUCAGUCUUCAGCAUGUCUCCUUCCUACAUCCAGGUUACCUGAGCAAGCUUCACAAAUACUGGCGUAGCAAAGGACUAAAGUUCAAACGGCUUUCUUCUGGAAUGAUAAUGGUCAGCGUUGCAAUGGAGCUUUGUUCUAAGGUUUCUCUUUAUGGGUUCUGGCCUUUCUCCUUUGACCUAAAUGGGCAACCCUUGAUGCAUCACUAUUACGACAAUCAACCUGCUAACCGUGGCAUGCAUGCAAUGCCACUGGAGUUUUUAACUUUUCUCCAAAUGCACAGCAAGGGGAUGCUUAAGGUAAAUCUAGGCAGGUGUUCAUGAUGGCUGAGGAGGGCCUAUUCAUUUCAUGUUUAAAAUAACUUAUUAAUUUAUAAAACAUGCAUGCUGUGCCAUGCCUGGCUACUUCCUCCCUUGCCUACCAGGAUGGACUCCAUCUUAAUAUGGCCCUAAAAUU